GUGCGGCCAUGCGGCUGCGGGCGCUUCUGCCGCGGGGGGCGGCCGGGAGGACACCGGGGCAGGGGAGCAGAGGGACGGGACAGCUGGAAAGUAAAUCAAAAGGGAAACUUCAAAAGCAAAUUUGUCGAGUUAUUCUGGAUCACUUUGACAAGCAGUACACGGCAGAACUGGGAAAUGCAUGGAGCAGUGUCAGAGAUGUCCUCACGUCGCCAUUGUGCUGGCAGCACUCCAUUCUGCUGAACAGGUUCAGUUCAUGCACUGAGCUGGAGAACAGCUUGUGUGUGCAGGGAUAUCACCCUGCCUUCCAAGGAGGUUUGCCCUAUCUUCCAGCAGCAUUUAAGUGCUACAUCAGGAGAACUCCUGGGAGAUUCCCUGCUCAGAAACAUCAGGCUGGUAAACUGAAGGAGUAUUACCUGCUGAAUGCGGCUUCGCUGCUGCCGGUGCUGGCUUUGGAAGUGAAGGAUGGGGAAAAUGUUUUGGAUCUCUGUGCUGCACCUGGGGGUAAAUCAGUGGCUAUCCUGCAGUGUGCCUGUCCAGGUCAGUUUCACUGCAAUGAAUAUGAUGAUUUGAGGGCAAGAUGGUUGGAAGAGACCAUAGAAUCCUUCAUCCCACAACCUUUGAUUAACUCGAUAAUGGUCUCCAAACUGGAUGGCAGACACAUUGGAGAUCUUAAGCCUGAAUUAUAUGACAAGGUACUGGUUGAUACUCCUUGUUCAAAUGACAGAAGUUGGCUUUUCUCUUCUGAUAUUCAUCAGGCUACACUCAGGGUGAUCCAAAGGAAGGAAUUAUCAUGUUUACAAUUCCAGCUUCUGAGGUCUGCUAUUAAAGCACUGCGUCCUGGUGGAUCCUUGGUGUAUUCUACGUGCACUCUCUCAAAGGCAGAAAACAGUGAUGUGAUAAACCUCAUCCUAAACUCCUGCAGCAAUGUUAUGCCUCUGGAUAUAAGUGAAAUGGGCAGAGCUGUUUCUCAGGAAUUCACUUUUCUUGAUGGCUUGCAGCAGCAUGAACUUCUGGUGCUUCCAGAGAGAGGGAGAGCGUGGGGUCCAAUGUACGUGGCUAAAUUAAAGAAAAUCUAGUCCACCUGGUGCCUGUUAGCUCUUUGUAAGGAAUAUAUGAUAAAUUAAUAUUGAUUUAGAGUAUAGGAUGUGUAUAUGAACAUGUUCAAGGCAACUGAAUUUAGAGCAUUGCUGCCUAAUAAAAAGGAAGCUAGAUAUUUAACUUA